AUGGCAGAACCCGAGCCUGACACGAGCAAGCCUUUGUCAAAACCCAUUCAAGAUCCUUUCAAGCCUGACGUCCUCCCUCCAAGCAGGUUUCAUGGACCAAUCAACGUGGAAGAGAUGUUCAUCAUCGGACAACACAUUGCUGAUUCCAAGCCAUUCGUGCCAUCUCUUCGAGAGCUGCACUUCCCUACUGCCCGCUGCUACUCGACUCACCCGAGUGCUGAGUCCGGACAGCUAGAGCUGGUAGCGUUGGCACCCUCUUCUGCUCAGCCUACUCACUCUGGUCUACCCUGCUCGACGGGCGAGCCGGAUUCGAGCGCUGCAAAAGAGAAAGAUAUCAAGUGGGAGGCGAAUGGACACGUCCUCUCAGGACCAGCGUGGUUUUUGAUACUAUAUCGAUAA